AUGGAAAUGGCUUCGGAGCUGUCCCAGAAAAGCAGGAAAACCAUCUUCGGUAUGAUUGCAGUGGUCAAAGGGCUACAGCGAAGUAUGAUGAGGAUUUUCGGGAAUGGUCUUGAGAUCUUCGUACCCCAAGUGCUUCUGAAGCCCGGUGAUGACUUGAGUUCUGCCCGUUUGGAGCCAUCAACUGUUGAAGAGCGGCCGUUGCUGACAGCUUCACCUGAUGAAGAAUCAUUACCCUUCAAGAGUCUUUGGGCCCUGGCUUACAAUGCACACCUUCGAAUCUAUAUAGAGCCCGAGUGCCUCCACUGCCAGUGGAAUGACCUUCGCAAUAGCUUCAAGAGGGCCGACUUCCAGCCGGCAUUGCUUCUUGGAAUCGUCCUGACCCAAAUGGCACACGGGCCAUUCGGUGGUGGUGGUCAUCAAUGGACUCGGCAACAAACAGCUGAGAUUAUGUCAGAAACAAUGUCGGAUGGUGAUUUCCAGGCGUUGAAAGAGGCAAUGCUCAAUGACCGAUAUGGUGAUAGUGGAGAAAUUCCUGAAACACCACAGGAUAUCCCAGAACUCAAGUCUGUGGCUUCUCUACCCAUCUUUGCGAAAAACAAGAGCUGGUUUCAGGCCGUUAUUGCUCUUUAUCGGUUGGCCCUUGACUGGAGUUUGAAUGGUUUGAUUCUUGGAAGAGCUGCUGACUUGACCUCUGGAAACGACUGGGAGCAAGACGGGCAAGACGUGCCUGUUCUAGAAAAUAGCGUGUUUUCAAAAUUAUUUAUCAUAUCCCAUUUGUGUUUUCCUAAAUGA